AUGGUCGACGCGAUCGAGCUCGUGCUGGUGCCGCGCUCGAGCGACCGUUCAGAAGCUUACCUCACCAACGUCCAAAAGCGAUUUACGUCACUGCCGUACCUUCAGCGGUACCAUCUCCCGACGACCCAGCUAGCGACACACGCGCUCUUCGUGUCGUCAACCAGUUUCGAUCCGGCGCUGGCGCUGCACCUCUUGGUCGUCGAGGGGAAUACCUCGCUCGUUGACGAGUGGCUCCACUACAACCCCGCACUCGUCACGUCCGCAACCCUUGAACUCGCCGCGGCCGCGUCCCAAGGUUCGAUCUUGCGCCAGCUUUUUGAACGGUAUCCCGAGCGUGCAACGCCAAAGAUGAUGGACCUCGUGGCGAUGGCAGGCGAUUCGACGCUCUUGCGGUGGCUGCACGAAGCUGGUGCGAACUGUACGACUGCAGCAAUGGACGGUGCGGCGAUGAACGGGCACUUGGACGUUGUCGCCUUCCUACAUAAAACAAGAACCGAAGGCUGCACGAUGACGGCGCCGACGGCGGCCGUCGCCAACGGCCAUGCAGCAAUUGUUGCCUUUCUUUUUCACCAUCGCACCGAGCCCGUGGAGUCCUGGCUGCUCUACCGUAGCCCGUACGACGAUAUCAAGACGUAUUGCGUUGACGGUGCCCAGUACCUUGACGCAAUCGAUUUGGCGGUGACAAGGACGCGACUUGUUGAAAGUAGCCUGCAGCCUAUACUCCAGUGUAUGGGCCUGCCCGCGCUGUCCCAUUUUCAUCAUCGCGGGUACCUCGAAGUGACAGCUCGUACGCUCGUCUUGGCCGUAACGAUGCGUGAUCACGCCAUGCUCCGCUACGUGCUCGACGUCGUCGACAAGUCAGUAGUGACAAAGACGUCGGCGUGGGCGAGCUGCGACGCUAUGGACAUUGCCGCGUUUGAUGGUGACGUGGCAGCGCUCGAGCUCUUGCAAGCCAGUCGAAUCCGGUGGAAGCCAACGCGCGCAUUGGCGAAUGCAGCCUACAACGGCCAUCUGGACGUGCUGCAGUGGCUCCGCAGCUUUCAACGCGCGCACCUUCCGCGGGGUGCCGGGGGGCUCCUCGGUCGUGGCAAUGGCGACUACGUCACGGGUCGAGCCGCCGACUGGGCAGCGCAUGAAGGCCACCUUGACAUUCUUGUACUUUUGGUCACCCACGGCCAUCGCUUGUCGCCAACAGCUAUCGACAAGGCCGUCGUGCAAGGCCAUGCGCCUGUCGUCUCGCAUUUACGCAGCGUCCACGGACAACGCUGGAGCUCUCUCGCGCUUUCGCACGCCAUCACCAACUGUCAUCUCCAUGUUGUGGCUGACCUCACCGGGUACGAAUCACCGCACAAGGCUAUGGGCUGCCGCGACGCUGCUGAGAUGCUCUUUGAAAACGCCACCAAGACGGGCAGCGUUGCCAUACUCAAGCUUGUUACGCAAGCCUAUCCGCUUCGAACGCCCCUGAAUCCGCUGCUGGCGGAGCGCUGCAUGGUCCACGCUACGCUUUCUGGCCAUUUCGAGAUGGUGUGUCACUUGCACAAGGCGUACGGUGUCGCGUGCACACCCGCGGUGCAAGGUGCAGCCGAGCAAAUGCGACGCAAGAGCGUGUUGCAGUACUUGGCCACGGGCAGCAUGCAGCGAGCCAGCUCCCUUUUUUCGCUGUAA